AAAAUAAACGAAAAUAAAAAUGACAUGGUGUGGUGUUUUAUAGUGUGUAUAAAAGAUGUAUCGAUGAUUACAUGUCGAUUUAAAAUUGAAUACUUGACAAAUCUCACGUGAUCUCCCACCUUUCACCUUCAACCCUUGUCGCCAGAAGAAAAUGGCUGCCUCAUUGCAAUGCGUCGCGAAGGCUUUGUGUCGUCUAUCCCCCUCAGUUUUACAUCCAGUACGACAAUACCAGUUCUGUCUUCAUAGGUUACCUGCAAGAACAUGUGUUGGUCUCUCUGCAUUCACACUCCAGCGUAAAACUCUCUGCCAGGCAGUAUCACUCCAAGAUGAGGAUGCUGCUCAGAUUGCUGACACUCUCACUCGCUAUAAAGACAAACCCUGGGAUUACUUGGAGAGUGAAGAGUACACUGAGAGGUAUGGAACCAAUCCAGUGUGGACGGGCUACAGGAGGAACCACAAAGGAGGCAUCCCCCCACAGAAGACACGCAAGACCUGCAUUAGAGGAGACAAGAUAUGUGGAAACCCAUGUCCUGUUUGUCGGGAUCCAAACAUUAUUGUCCAUCAUCAGAACGUGAAAUUGUUGCAGCAGUUCAUAAGCCCCCACACAGGAAUGGUGUACGAUCCCACUCGAACAGGUGUGUGUAUGAAACAGCAGAAGAAGCUUAAUGAGGCAAUCAACAUUGCACGAGACCACGGCUUGCUUCCCUUUCAAAUUCCAUAUGUGGAAUUAUCAGUAGAAGACUACUCCAAUUCCCAUGAUGCUGUGGGGUCCACACCACCUCCCCCAUCCUUAACCUCCGGUGACACCUGGUAUAAAUGGUACAGUGAGAUAACACCUGAUCAGAAUGAAGUGGCUAAAGUCAAGAAGAUGUACAAGGCAUACUUGAAGUAGAGACUACAGACUGAUGUCAUUCAUGGAAUAACUGUACAAAUUAUUAAAUAUGUAUGUCAUGCACAUAAAGAUUGCAC